AUGGAUUCACUCAGGGCUGCAUUAGAUCCUAUCAGUGUGACCACAGAGCUGGUUGUAGAGGAACUUGAACUGCACUUCGAAACCGUGCUGACUGCAGUAGUACAGGGGAAGACCAGCAUAGCUGAGCAGGUGGUAAAAAGUGGCAUUCUGCCAGUCCUGGCUCAGACUUUGAGGGGGAAAAGCGCUCUCACGAUGCACACAGCUAGACUGGUGGCUGAGCUCCCAAACUUGUAUGAGUGCUUCAAACAAUUGCAUAUGAGGAGUCUACUCCUUUUUGAGACUGGAAUCGGAUCUGCUCUUCUGAAUCUGCUGCUCAGUGAGGACCAGGAGCUACUGCUGCAUCCUGGCCGAGCCAUCGGGAGAAUCUGUCACUGUGCGGAUUUGCAGCAGGCCAGGCUUUUGAGACUGGAAGCUGUCCCGAGAUUAGUGUCUGUGCUGCUACAGUAUUGUGAGAAUGAGGCCAUGAUAAGCUGCUGUCUGUUGGCGUUGUGUAAUCUGGCUGAUAUGGCUGAAGAGGAUGGCUCUAGACUCGUCUGGGAAGAGAGAAGCCACUUUGACGAGGAUAUGCAUGUGUUCCAUGGCACCUUGCAGCACUCGUUUGACCUUGUGUCAGCAGCGACGGUGGUUCGGCUAAACCAGCAGUCCCAGGGACAGUACUCGGUAAGUGUGGAAGUGGUUCAGAGAUGCUCUACUCUUUUGUGGAAGCAACACAACAGACAUCAGACUGAAUGAGACCUGCUAAGUUGCACAUGCUGGAUUUUUUCAGUUAUGAAGUACUCUGUGAGGAACAUUCCUAAGAACAAGAGUCACCUGAAGACGGCAGUGUUUCACUCUUGUUUGUUAGGAUAGAUACC